AUGUAUCGAAUGAAUGCAGGCGGCCAAACGAAAAAAGACGACAUACAGCAUUACAAAAACGAAAACACCGGCGAGCAACAGCAUAUUUCCACAAAUGGCGACAACCAGUUAUCGCUGCAAAUCCAUAACCCGGACGCGAAUAAUGACCUUUCCCCAAUGGAGGAAUGCAAGUCAAAUUGUGGUCCCAUGUAUAAAUGUUACCCAAUCCACGCUUCUCCCUAUAGCGAUGAGAAAACACGAAAAUGGCGACGUGUGCGUCGAGCGUUCAGUGAAUUAUAUCCGAGCCGCUGCAUCGAUCCAAGGAUUUCUGAUGAUGAACCAAACAAUCGGAAAUCUGAUCAGAAAGCCUCGAAACAUUAUACGGACUCUUCUGACAAGAAAUCGAACAAGGAUGACAAAUCCAAAUUGGAUAAAAAUUCUCUAUUAGAAGCCCCUUGUGAUACGGAAGUGACGCCAAAAUCGGAACUGCCUGUUUUGCCACUGAACUCAAACGGACUCAACCAAACGGCACCUCAUCGCAUCGACUUACAGAAAUAUGUGAUUAAUCCAAAUAGGGAGAACUGUCGAAGAUCGUCGCUGGCAAAUAUCCCUACAGCAAACAGCUCUGCCCAAAAUAUAUAUGUGCCUCAAAAGGAACAGCAGUCAAAGUCACUGGAAUGUUCUCGAACAGAAUCAGAGCUGAAAGAAGAAACGGUUUCGUUAAAGGAAGAAAAGUCAGCGUUCGACAAAGUUGUCACAGACGAAGAAUUUCCAUCGAUAAGCCGCGAAUCGUCAAGUACUACUUUUCAAUUGAUCAAUGUUAGCUCGAACUCUACUUCAACGACAUCCACACCAACAACCAACACAUCGGCCAGUCAAGAUGUGUCUAGUUUUCCCACGAGUCAAAUGUCCAGUUGUAGCACUUCGAACAAUUUAACAAGUUCUAGUAGCAGUGCAACUACAUCAAGUGAUGACGCCACCGUUUCACCCACAUUUGAAGAAUACGCGAAGGCACAUGGAGGUAUGAAUUUUGGUCUAGGACACGUAAUACAUGGUGGACUGCCUUCCAGAGAUCAUCAGAUCACAUCACGGGGAGUCACUGCGAAUCUUUCACCAACACACGAAAGAGCUCGACGUAGCAGUAUCUCCACAGUCAAUAGAGCAACAAGCCCAAUGAACUGCGAGAUACAAAAAGAAAUACUCAACAAACAAUUGCAAAUGACAAACGAGGAGCCUAAAAAUAUAACAAGGAGUUCAUUUCCGGAAGGUUUUAGAAGAACUCAAGAAAUAUCUUGUCGUCUGCUUAGCCCGGACGAGGCGACUGCAACUCGAAAUACCAAUGUAAUUCCAAGUAAAUUAGCCAGUCCUGGCUUGAUAACUACAAGGUACACACGAAAUACAGAAGACAUUGACAUGAUGUCCGGGAAUACUGAUUCAAACGUGUGUCUGGCUUUGUCUCCGAGUCGAAAAUCUAAAUUGGACGAAGGAAUUGAUAAAAAAGAAACGGAAAAUGAGAAACACGGCCAUGAAGACAUUUUAAAGAUGAAUGACACAACGAUCUCAGACUUGAAAACAGUUGUAAAUGACCAAGAACCAGCGCCUGUGCCGCCUCCACGAAGACGAUUGAAGGAAAAUCCCCAAGGAACCCCAAACAUUAGUCCUAGUAUAUUGAAGAAAAACGUCUUGGUAUCAAACAGAUCCCAAAGCCCAGAUAUCCAAGAAGGGAAAAGCAAAGAGAAGAAAGAACCAGACAGUCCCUCAUUGACAAAAAUACCAACUUCUCGCAGGAGCACGAAUAAUCAAGAUAGUCCUGUUGGAAGUGGCGAAAGGUCUUCUAGUCCAUUUUCUGUGAGGAAAAUUUCCAAACCAGUUUCCCCGUCACCAAAACGGGAUUUAUCGCCGAGACCGAUGCGCGCCAGCAAAAGUAUGCCGUCAAGUCCAGAUUUGAAUGCAAGUCGUGACUUACGAAUUGCCGGUGGUCUGCCAUCGAGCCCGGAGUCCACACCGAGAAGAACCACUCGUACGAAAAGCCAUAUUCCUUCUUGUCCAGAAACUCCGACCAGAAUUUCACGGGCAUUUGCAAACAGACAGCCGAGUCCCGAAACUGCCACUCCUAAACGUUCACGAAUUGCAACAGAGAAAACAACGAAUCCGGAGCCAAAAGAAAGUGAAAUAAUGCCAAACGAUUCCGACGCCCAAGAAGCGUCUCUGGCAGUUAAAUCAAACAGUAACAGGAUUCCCUUUUCCGAAGCGGCUCCACUAAAAAAUUCCCGGAUGACAACGAUGGGCAAACAAGUCAAUCCAGAUGCAAGUGUCACUAAAAACAAUCGAGUAAUGACACCCAAGAGAAUUAAUGUCAACACCGGACUACAACUGGUUUCUCGGCCUACUUCAGUAAAGUCAGCAAGCACUGAUCCUUUGAAAAACAGUCGAAUACCGGUUAGUAAAUCAACUCGUCCUGAUGUCAUUCCUAAAAAGAGUGGCCGAUUGGCUAUAAACAGAUUGGUCAACCCAACUCUCACCGCUGAAAAGUGCCUUAAAACAGUCAACAAUAAAGCAGAGCAUCCCGUUUCGGAAAAUGACAAAUAUUCAAAGCCCCGUUCUGAUGAAACUUUUAUCCCAUCUCCAGGGAAUUCGUCAGAGAGACAUGAAAUGGCAAAAAGGGUGAAUUGUGGGGUAGAAACCGGGUCGCCAACACAUCAUUCAGUAACAAGACUUCUGACAAACAACUCGACAAGGACAGUUAGCAGAGAUUUUGAACACAGUUUAACAUCCAACGAAGUGAGAUGGUCUUCCAGCACCGAUUUACUUUUUAAAUCAUUGAUUAAUAAAUCAGAAUCGGGAUCGUACGAAAUGGAGGUAAAAAAUGAAGGACAGAUUUUGGGAUUGACGCGCGAAGAAAUCAAUCAAACACGAAAGAAGAGUUUGCUUAUGAAAACAAUAAGUUGUGAGGCGGUGACCGGCUCCCCAACAGGAUCCCCAACAAAAUCGUUGGAAAAGACAAGCAGUCCUCAUUUAAUGGUAACCAAUGUCGAUGUUGAAGAAAGUCCAUCUCCAAUUGGAGGAAUAAAGAAACAGGACGCCGCUGCUCAAACAACGAACGAUGAAAUCAAUCUGCGGGACGGUGAAGUCGUAACUACAAGUUCACCAUCGCUAUCAACACUAAAACAAGACAUGGCGGCACAGACUUACGAAAAUGAACUUAAAUCUGUACUCUCAACUGGGGUCUGUGGAAUGGUCUCUGUUCCGGUUGUGACAAGGCAGACACCCCACCAAAUAAAAAUGGGUGGAGCCGCAUUAAGAGCAAGGGCUAAUACUGAUCCCUCUGAAAUCAAUGGCCCAAAGCAUACAAACAAGUCAUUGGACCACCGAUGGGAAAUAUCCAACUAUAUGGCUGGAGGGCUUGACGCCAUUGGCCAGAGCGGCGCUGAUCAAACCAUAUUUGAAAGCAGCAGUUCAUUGAAAGACAAUACAAACUUGGAGAUCAUGCCGCGAAGGCGGCGGGCAGCUUCUUUGUCAAAUAUCGAAUUCCCCAGAAAAGUCAACGACAAGAAAAAUCGAAAAAGAAGCAGGAAGAACAGCGAACUAAAAAAUAUCACUCAUAAAAACAGAAUCGACGAACUGAGUUCAAAUUCAG